ACUAAAAACUAGUGUGGUAUGGAUAUGCGGAUAGGGUUAUAGUUCAGUUAACCUGACAAUUGUUUACAUUUUCACUCAUCUAAAAAAGUUAAUUAUAUGUCAUAUUAUAUAUAAUAAUAAUCGUUUUUGAGUCAUUCUGUGGAUUAAAUUGUAUUUCAACUAAUGAUCGAAAAUGGAAAAUAAGCCAAAAAUCAUUAUUUUUGACUUAGAUUAUACUUUAUGGCCAUUUUGGGUUGACACUCAUGUAGAUCCUCCUUUUCGCAAAGGAGCACGGAAUGAGGUGGUAGAUGCGCAUGGUUACGUCGUACGAUAUUAUACUGAUGUACCCAGUGUAUUGAAACAAUUAUCUGAAGAAGGAUACGAGCUCGGUGUAGCAUCACGUACGUCAGAAAUAAAGGGUGCUAAUCAAUUAUUAGAAUUAUUUGGCUGGAAGAAAUACUUCAAGUAUAUUGAAAUAUUUCCUGCUAAAAAGGUCGCACAUUUUGCUAACAUUCAGAAGGAAUCUCAAGUUGACUACAAAGACAUGCUUUUCUUCGACGAUGAGGCUAGAAAUAUCUUUGACAUUAGUAAACUUGGAGUUCAUGCCGUAUUAGUUCGAGAUGGUAUAACUUGUUCUCUUAUAGAAAAUAUGCUAAAAGUAUUUAGUAAACAAUAAUUUAGAUUUUUAAAUUCAUUGUAAAUAUUAAUAAGCGUAGCGUACAACCAUUGAUUGGAUAUUUUUAAAGAUCCACCAGUCUUAUGCGUGAGUUGCGUACCUUAAAAGUUCAUAUUGUGAUAAAUAUUGCUUCUAAAGGAAAAGAUAAUAGAUAAAGUUUGUAGAUGAUUAGAAGAAAUAUGCGAAAAAAAGGUAUUUCUGCUAAUAAAAAUUUCAUUAUUAGAUGUAGGAAAUUUUAUGAUCACGCUUACUGAUAAUUAAAUAAAUUGACAAUAAUAUUGUAAAUAAUACAGGGAGGGUUUAUGAGAGAUGGUAGGAUUCUCAUAAAACAAAAAAUCUAACUUUCUACGAUCGUCUAGUACAAAUAGAGUUUACCGUUACGCUUCAUGGAUAAUAAAUAAUUGCACUUACAAGUUGCAUGUUGUUUUUUUUUUUAAUAAGAUACAGGGGUGCAAUUUAUAUAAAUGAUGUGUUUGGGUCUACAAUGUACAAAAAUUUACGACUUCUUCGGCAGAAUCUGCUCAUACUGCGUAUGCAGCGAUUAAUCAAGCUGAUUGAAUGCGUGAUUUAAAAUAAGUUUAAAGUUGCUUGGAGAGUUCAAUUUGUUACUCGACAGUUAAGCUGAUCGUUAUAGAUGCGUUGACGCAUUUUUCGUUAUUUCUAUCGAAGCAAGAAUAAUCAAAGAACAGUACACGUUGCACUUGACGUUUUUUUCAUCAGGGAUACACUUUAAUUGUUAUAAAGUGCCGUACAUGACUAAUCAGAUUUUAGAUGCAUUAUAUAUAUAUACACGGCUAUAUAUAUAUAUACUAAUAAGUAACAUAUAUACUUUUAUGAUUUGUCCCUUAAUUGUCAUCUUUGUAUAUUAUAUAAUACAAAUAAUUCCUAGAUCGUUGUACAUUGUUACGUUAUCGAUUCACGCUUAUGCGAAAUUUACUUACAUCCCGAUCAUUGCGAUCGCUGCCUUACGACUAUAUUUAAAAUAUAGAGGUAUGUUAUAAAUACUUAUAUUUAUAUAUAUAUAUUGUUUUUUGUUCAUAUAUAGUCUACUUAAAUCGAGUUUGUUUAAGCUUUAUUACUCAUAGACAAUCUGCUUGAUAUUUACAGAGAUUAGAUACAAAAUUAUAAACAGUUCUUAGUACAAAAUAAUUUUAUGACUAUAACGAUCAAGGUUCGAUAGCGUAGAACAGAUAUGGGCAACUCACUGUGGCCGAUGAUCAGUUUCAUUGUAGCUCUUUUGCUAGAAAUUGAAUAAAAUUCCUUUGAUUCAAUUCCGCGAAAGUUUCGCGGAUAAUUUUGAGAAAGAAAGUAUCCAAAACUAUAAUGCAAACCGUAGCCGAGUGUGAUAACCGUGUGAUAUGACCGUAAUCGUGUGUUGCCCCUAUCUAGAUAGAAAAUACAACUAGAUGAGCUCUCCCCAGUUUUCUCACAAUUAUCUGUAGACUCCUCGCAAUUCCACCAUAGAGGUCAACAAUCAGAUAUAUCGAAAUCAUAUUCCGCAUGUGCUUACAAUAAAAUAAAUAUUCAC